AUGGCCGGGCUUUCAUCCAACUGGAAAAAACUUCAAGCUCAACUCAAGGCCGAGGCCGCCUCCAACCCUUCAACUAAGCGAAAAGCUGAAGAGCAGCUACAACCUCCAGCGAAAAAGAAGGCUUUGGAAACUUCCAAAAACAAGACGUCAGGGGUGCAACACCGCAAACAUAGAAUGGGCGGUGUCCAGAGCUCAACAGCAGUCGAAAAACCAAAGGAAACUCCGUCUCCGUCGCUGGCAAUUUGGGCAAAAGAUCAUGGAGUCUCGGCGGAGGAUCUGGCUGAGGCGUACGGUCUCGGUGUCAAGGGAAACUCGCUGAUGCUGGCAUCCGAGAAGGACAAAGUGAACCACGGCCUCACAAAGGGCCUCGAGAUUGGAAAGUACGUCGCCAUCGAUUGCGAGAUGGUAGGCGUCGGCCCCGGCGGCCAUGAAUCAGCGCUGGCACGCAUCAGCAUCGUUGACUUCCACGGGCGGCAAGUCUACGACUCGUAUGUGAAGCCAAGGGAGCGUGUCACCAACUGGAGAACGGCAGUCAGCGGCAUUUCGCAGAAAGAGAUGAGAUUCGCAAGGGAUUUCGACGAGGUGCAGAAAGAAGUCGAUGCUAUUCUCAAGGACAGGAUCCUCAUUGGACACGAUAUCAAGCACGAUCUGGAUGCUCUCAAGCUCUCGCACUCUCCAAGGAACAUUCGCGAUACCGCCAAGUACCCGGCCUUCAAAAAGUAUGGACACGGGCGGAAACCGGCGCUCAAGAUCCUGGCGAGAGAGAUUCUCGGCAUUGACAUUCAAAGCGGGCCGCAUUCGAGCACCGAAGACGCAAGGGCUACCAUGCUGCUAUUUCGCAAGCACAAGUCUGGCUUCGAUAUGGACCACGCCAACCGAUUUGCUCCCAAGCAGCCAGCACACAAUGGCACAACUCGUGUGAAGAAGAAGAAGAAGUGA